AUGUUGGAAGUAAAAGACUUGCAUACGCUGCCGCGCCACAUCGAGGAGAACCGCCUCGCAUGGAAAGAGGACGCAUUCACCGACAGACAGCAUCGCCAGCUGAACGAGCAGAUCAAGCUGUGGCUGUCUGUCGUCCAGUCUGACCCGGACAACCAGUCCAUUUUGAUGCUGGAGACACUCGUCGUCGUGGUGUACACCCAAGCCAAGUCGGUUGACGAAGCCUUGACCAUACCCGACGCCAAAAAAGUGACUACGACUCUACAAGUCCUGGGAUUCCAAGACAUGUUCAAGGAAGAGAUUAGGAGUGGAGAUCUGAGAAAGACAUGCAGCUUGCGCAUGUUUUGCAAGAGACCUGACUCAGUCGAGUGA